AUGGCAGAGACUGCACCUGAGGAGACACUCGCGCAGUUGACACGCCUGAGCCAAAAGCCCGGCGUUCAGAGUACUUUGCUACUCACUCGUCAAACUGGAGCCAUUGUUCGGACCUCCGGGCUGAUCUCAAAAUCAAGCUCCGCGAAUCCCAACAGCACAUUGCCAGCGUCCUCCGACGAUACCGAGGGAUAUGCCAAUGGCAGAUCAGAAGGUGGCAUGCACAGUGCUGAAGACGUGGCCCGACUAGUCUUCAAAUUUGUGGACGCGGCUGGCACUCUUGUUGAAGGCCUGGACAAAGACGAAGACGUUCGACUGCUGCGAGUACGCACCCGGAAGAACGAGCUGGUAAUUGUACCUAGUCCAAAAUACUUGCUAGUUGCUAUACACGACACGCCACCCGCUUGA